AUGACCGACCCCGUCACCGUCGCCACCGGCAUCACCUACGACCGCCACCACAUCCACCACUGGCUCUUCUCCCGCAACCGCGACACCUGCCCCGUCACCAACCAGACCCUCGCCGUUAAAGACCUCACCCCCAACCUCACCCUCCGCCGCCUCAUCCACUCCUGGUCCACCACCACCAAUUACCAUAUUGCCCCCGAAUACAUUUACAACAAAUCCCACAUUUCCCGGCUCCUCGCCGCCGCCGUGGCAGGCGGCACCACCACCACCUCCCCCACGCAGCAGCUGAUCGACUCCCUCUCCCGGCUCCGCUCCAUGGCUGCCGAAAGCGAGCCGAGCCGGAUCCACCUCCAAGCCGGAUCCACAGCCCGCUUCCUCGCUUCCGUCGUCAUUGCUAACAGUUUCCUAGAGGUCGGUGUAGAGGCAGAUCACAUGCGCAGCAGAGCGGUGGACGAGUCGCUCGCGAUUCUCCACCACAUCGGACUCGCCGAUUCCGAUCUCAAGAAACUCGGCACCGAGUUCGUCGACUCGCUGGUCCGAGUCAUAACAAAUUUGAAAUUCAAACGGGACCACCACCAAUCGCGCGCCUACGCGACGAUCCUCCUCAGAUCCGCUUUCCGCGCGGCCGACCCGAUCCAAUCGGUCAACGCGAGAUCCGAAAUUUUCGCCGCGGUGGUCGGCGUUCUGAAAGACCGGAUCUCGGAGAGCGCGACGAAGGCGGCGUUGAAGUUUUUAAUCGAGGUUUCCCCCUGGGGGAGGAACCGGAUCAAGGCGGUGGAGGGCGGGACGGUGGCGGCGCUGAUCGAGCUCCUGCUGGAAUCGGAUCACUGCUCGUCGGCGGCGAGGAGGGCGACGGAGCUGGCGAUGAGGGGCGUGGAGGUGAUGUGCGGGUGCGCAGAGGGGAGGGCGGAGGUGGUGGGGCACGCGGCGGGGCUGGCGGUGGUGUCGAAGAAGAUGCUGCGGGUGUCGCACGCGGCGACGGACGGGGCGGUGAGGAUCGUGGCGGCGGUGAGCAGGUACUCGGCGACGAAGGGAGUGGUGGCGGAGAUGGCGGAGGUCGGGGUGGUGGCGAAGCUGUGCUUGUUGCUGCAGGUGGAUGUGAGCUGGAAGAGUAAAGAGAAGGCGAGGGAAGUGUUGAGGGCGCAUUCGAGAGCGUGGCGGAACUCACCCUGCAUCCCGCCGCACCUGAUUUCUUCCUUUCCUUGA